UGAUGAGAUGAGAGCAGCAGCGGCCAAACAUCCCCCGACCAACAACAAGGAAACAACGCAAAAACGCGCGCUGACAGCCCAGACCUCACCACGACGCCGACGACGACCACUCUUCCAUCAAUUCCACCACGUAAAUCAUCUCCAAAAUCCACCAAAUUCCAGCCAGAGUUUCGCUGCACGAUUGCGCAUCGGUGCAUACCCAUCACUACAUGCCCGACCCGCGACGGUGAGAGAGAAAAACACCCGGCCUGCGUGGCUGGGGGCAAGGUCCCGUUGCGACCGUGGCCAGCUGGCUUGUUGUGACUCACACACGUCCUCUACACUCUCUGCGUUUGCACAAAUCUUGCAUGAAUCGGAUGGUCUCUGCCUGAGGCAGCAUUUCUGAUUGGUGCUGCCCGGCCCACACGCACAUACACACAUACACACACAUAUAAACCGCGAACAUGUCCAGACCGAGUAUUGCCCGGCAUGUACGCCAGCGGAAGUUGAACACCAAACAACCGCUGCGCAUCAUCCGGGAACAUGAGAUUGAUGAAAUCCCCGACGAUGAGACGCAGCGACAGAUUCAUCAAGUCGAGACGGGUGUGGAAAAGGGCGAAGAAAUCGAAUUCCACUUGCAAGCCGUCAUCUCGGGUCAAAACGCUGCCGCUCUGGGCGCCAAAGCCGAGAAGCAGAAUUACAUCCCGACUCCAGAUGCGACCCGAGCCAAGGAUGUACAGUAUGAUAGUCUCUAUCCCAAGGUGUUCCGACAGCCCACGACCUACAUCCGCUUCAGCUCGACGGUCGAGGAUUCAAUAGGGGUCCAGUAUUGCAUGAGUGAAGAAGACGCCAAGUUUCUUGCCCAAUUGAACGACGGCCGAGAUGUCCACGGCCAGCCGGUCAAGGAGAAGCUCAGCCAAUGUUCCGAAGACGUCUUCGAAGAGGCCAUGGACUUCUUCGAGGAGACCAGUCAGCGUCUCCAGCCGUUUGCAAAUGUCGAUAACGCCCCCAUCUUGUCUCUCGAAGAGAUGGAACAGGCGAGGGAAGAACCCAUCUCGGCGGACGCGCAAAAAUUCCUGAAGCUCAUCUAUCAGUACUGGGUGUCGAGGAAAUCCAAUCGACCCAUCAUGCCGGCGAUCAAAGUCCGUCUGCUGGACACGACCUCGGAUAUCGACGAUGCAGAUCCGUAUGUCUGCUUCCGAAGGCGAGAGGUCAGGCAAACGCGCAAAACUCGAGGUCGCGAUGCUCAAAUCGUCGAGAAGCUCAAGAAGUUGCGCGUCGAACUCGAAAUGGCUCGAAAUCUGGUCCGCAUGGUUCAGCAUCGUGAAGAGCUCAACAAGUCCAGCUUGGAAUUAAAUCGCAAAGUCUUUGACGGACGUCGCAAACUCAAGGAGGUCAAGGCGACCAAGGGUAUCAAAGGUGAAAAUGGGGAGGAUGAGUUACUUCUCGUUAACCAAAAGCCUGCGCCCAAGGUCAAAGCUCGACAAGACUCGAGUGUUGCCCGGCCCGCCACGAUCCGUCUGCGCUCUUUGGGCGAGCGCACAGCUCCAGAAGACAACCUCGUCCUGCUGUCCGACAACCUCGCCGAUGCGGAUGCUUUCGUCAACCGGACGAUCGAGAGCCGCAAGGAGCAGCACCGGAAAUGGAAUGCGAACUGGCACGACCGGACAUGGAACCCCAUCACACCACCACCGGAGCCCGCAGACGACCAGACCAAAUGGGCACCACUAUUCCCGCAAGGGAACGGAUACCCGACACCGCCACCUUCCCAGAAAUCCGGCAGCCCGGUGGACGGCGAUGGCGACAUCGACAUGCAAGACCGCAAGCCCUCAACGACCGACCUCGAAGACGCAUCGAAUUCCUAUUCCCAGCAGCAAUCCCGAAUCCACAUCGUCCAAGCAUUUUCCGCCACCCCGCUCGCGCCGCUGAUGAGCACCUACUUCAGCGACAGCCAGGAGACCGGCGGCAGCACAGCAGAUUUCGAAGCCCAGCAGAAGAGCAUCCCACAGUGUCGCGUCCGCUACGGCCGCGGCGGACGCCGCUUCCUCGAAGCCCGGCGCACGAAAGUCCGCGCCAUCGUGCGCGCCGGCGCGGGGGUCGUCUCCGACGACGACGAUAGCGAUGACGAUGAUGUCGAGCGUUUCAUCCCCGUCUCUGAUGACAAAGUCUUUGAAUAUCGAAUGUUGCUCAAUCGCGGUGGUCUCGGCGGAGGCGGCGGCGGCGGCGUUCCGGGUCCUGUGAGGUCUGAAAGCUCCAAUGGUGAGCGGCGGACAGCUGCUGCUGCUGCUGCUGCUGCUGCUGGCGGUUCGAGUAGUGAAGAGCAGCAGCAAGGCGGGGCAAAUGCGGCGGCGAAUCCCUCGCCGAAACCAGCUGCUGUGACGGGUAGCACGGCAUGAGUGCGGG